AUAAAAUAUUUAAAACGUCAAUGCCAAGGUUGACUUGUUAUCUGUGGACGAGUCAAUCAAAACAGAUGUCGAAUAUUGUGGGAAUGGAAUGUUUUUGUGCUACUGAUUUUUAUAGAACUUGAUAAACACCUUUUUUCCUCUGAAUUUGGUUAAUUAAAAAUGUAAAAUGUGUUGCCCCAAUUGUUUAUUGCAAUGGAGACAAUGGAUCAGACCGUUAUUCAUCCUUAUAUAUGCCUUAGCUGCAUUGAUCAUGGUACCUGUAUUUUUGAUGCAAUCCAUUAAAGAAGGAUUUCAAGAACGAAAUAGAGAAGUUCUGAUUGGAGGUAUUUUCGCUUGGGUGGCGGUCCCGAUAUCCUUAUGGGAAAUCAUAUUGCAUAUUAUUCAUUAUACAGCUCCAAAGUUGCAGAAACAUAUUAUAAGAAUAUUAUGGAUGGUACCUAUUUAUGCAGUGAAUGCUUGGCUGGGGUUAAUGAAUCCAGAAAAUUCAAUAUAUGUGAAUAGUUUCAGAGAAUGUUAUGAGGCCUUUGUUAUUUACAAUUUUAUGAGAUAUCUCCUAAAUUAUUUGAACAUGGAGAUGGAUUUAGAAGCUAGUCUUGAGGUCAAACCUCAAGUUAAACACAUUUUCCCGUUUUGCUGUUUACCAGACUGGGAAAUGGGGAGAGAAUUUGUUCAUAUUUGCAAACAUGGAAUUCUACAGUAUACAGUUGUUCGUCCUGCCACAAGUAUCAUUGCUGUGAUUUGUCAUCUAUCAGGUGUGUACGGGGGUGGUGAAUUCAAAGCUGAUGUGGCAUACCCAUAUGUACUUGCUGUCAACAAUAUAUCACAGUUCGUUGCUAUGUACUGCUUGGUUAUGUUCUACAAAGCUAAUGUCCAUGAGUUGAGACCUAUGAAGCCAUUUCCCAAAUUCUUAUGUAUAAAAGCUGUUGUGUUCCUCACAUUUUUUCAAGGAGUAGUGAUAGAUUUUUUGGUGUAUCAAAAAAUAAUAAGGACUACCUCUGACAGUCAUGAAGCAGAACAAGGUUUAUCAACAAGGUUACAGGAUUUCUUGUUGUGUAUCGAAAUGUGUAUGGCUGCCAUAGGCCAUCAUUAUGCUUUCUCUUACGAGCCCUAUGUUGUUCCUGGUAGUAAACAGUCUUGUUGCCAAGCUUUCUUGGCUAUGUGGGAUGUUUCUGAUGUACAGAGUGAUAUACAAGAACAUUUAGGAAUUGUAGGAAGUUCUAUUAGUCGAAGAAUUCGUGGUAGGAAUAUGUAUACUGUCCCAAGAGGAAGUGAUUUAGAAUCUCCUAAUUUAAUGGGUACGAGUGCUCCUGGAGGUUUGUACCAAAGUGAAUGUGAUGAUUUCGUUAUUAACUAUGGUACUUCAGCUCCUGAGCCAAGACCGAAAUGAUGGUGAUAAUAAUAAGAGAACAAUUGAAAUAUUUGCUUUAAUGUCUGGUUGCAUCAGCAGGAUGUUUAUGGUUCCUUGAAUGUUUCAAUGUUGUAUCUUUUAUAUAUUUUUAAGUUUUAUAUAUGGAAUUAUCUCUAGUCAACUUACCAUAAGGAAAUAUAUGCUUUGAGUAACGAAUUGCAUCACUGAAAUAGAUCUCCAUUGCAAUGGUGCUUUCAAAUCACUCAGCCAAAAUGAUUGACCGAAGUUGAAGUGUAAUACAGAACAAAAUAAAAAGUGCUCACAUCUUAUAGCUUCGGUGUGACUUUCAAGUAUUAGCCUUGAUCUUUUUCCUCAUUUUAAUAAAAAUUUGCAACAUUUAAUAUGUUUCAAAAAACAUGUUUACGCCAAAUUUAGUUGGAAAAUUUUUUUCUCUACAAUUGCUAUUUGAAAACUCCAAUUUUCUAAAAUAAAUUAUACAUUUAUUGCCAUGUUCCUUAGCAAGAAUUUGUCCGUUUCAUAAUGAAAGAAAAAUCUUGAACUAUAGGAUAUAUAUUGAAUUGUUUCUGGAUUUUUGAAUGGGGAAAGUGAUCAUUUAUACCUAUUUCAAACUUUAUGGGAUUUGAAAAUUAGGUAAGAAAAAGGGCCACAAGCAUCCUGUUUGUACAAUUUUAUGUUAAUAUUUAGUGAACAUAGAUCCAAUCAGAUUUUUCUAAUAUCCAUUAUAACAUAUCAGAAUUUACUUAUUUGUUUGGAAAUGCAUAAUUUCUUCAGAAACCUUGAAUGUGAUUCGAAUAGUGUGUAUUGCAAAAAGAAACGGAGUUUAACAAAUGUUUUCAUCUCUAGUAUUUCCUGACAAACAUCAAGGUUCUCAUCUGUAAGCAACUGCUUUAAUUCUACAUUUUUAUAUGACAUGAUGGACUGAAUUGGAUUUUUCAGAAAAUGUAUAAUGGAUUUAUGUAAUUUAGCUAAAAGUUCAUUUCACGAAGACUAAACUGUGAUUAGCUAAUCAUAAUUUGAGCAUAGAAAUUAUUUAUUUAUUUUGAAAGAUUUCAAUCUCUAUUUGUUCCAAUUUUAACCAACAUUCUAAAUAUUUUUGUGAACAUCAUCUAAUUGAAAUAACUAUUGAAUGUAUUUAUUUUAUUGGAAAAUAUAGUUAUAAAACUUU